AUGGAUGCCAUGGAGAACCCGGUCCUGGAGCCCAGGGCAGAGCGAAUUGCCCGAUACAAGGCGGAGAGGAGGCGAGAGCUGGCCGAACGCUUUGGCAGCAUCGAUGAGCUUCCCUCCAAGUGGGUGAGGAGGGACGGGAAGGAGACCCAGGAGCCACAGAACCGAAGUCACAGGGGAGAGGUGUUUACCUCUGAAGGCCCGAGUGCAGGAGUGAACGGCAGAACGCAGGAGGUGGCUAACGCUAACGGAGUGGAGAGGGAGUCCGACUACCUGAAAAGGCAGGGUUGCCCAGACUCUGCCGGCACACUGGGUGGGGAGGGGCACGUCGUUGCUCUUGGACUCGACACCCCGCAGCUCCACACUCGGGUGUCGGUGGGCCAGCUGAGAAGCGCCCUGCUGCAGCAGGCGGAGAGCGGAGCGCAGCCCGACAGAGCUGCUGAUGCGGGGCGAGCCACCUCCUCUCUGGACCUGGCCGUGAAGCCGGGCCCCGAAGGAGGCCGGCGGCGGACCCGCCGCUACCUCCCCGGGGGGUCAGGUGGUACACGCAAGACCAGCGAACGCUUCAGGACACAGCCAAUCACAGCCAAUGAGAUGGAGGAGAGCAGCGGGCUCAUGGAUGCAGAAGAGGAGGAUAAUAAGAAAGAGGAUGUGAAAACAGACGACCGAGCCAAGAUGAGCGUGGCAGCCAAGAUGUCUUUGUUUAAAGAGCUGGAGAAGUCUGCUGCCCCAAAGUCCUCAGCCCUCCUGAAGCCUCGUUCAGCCAGCAUCUGUCAUGAACGCAGGGCACGCCGUAGUAAUGACCAUCGCUUUCUUACCCAGCCAAUCACCUGUGAGGAAAUGGUGGCAGUUUGUGUUCCCACACCAGUGGAGGCCCAUCCUGUGCAGCCGGAAUCAGCUGAGGAUGGUGAUGAAAGCUGCCGGAUGAGCAUGAGUCAGAAGCUGGCCCUCUUCAACAAGUUCUCGCUGCCUGUGAAGCAGGGCGCUGAUCCAGUUGAUGGACCCCCAGAGAGACGAAGGCAGAAGGGGGCUCGAUACCGCACGCAGCCCAUCACCGUGGAGGAGCUUCAGAAAGGUCCCAUUCAGCUCCCCGCCUUCAGUUUGUCUCGUCAUCUGUCCGAUAGACAGCAGGACUUUUCUUCCAACCUGAAACCCAGUGAGAUGCGUCUUUCGCAGCCAAGACCCGAUCCUGGACCACGACUUGCGGAGCCCGCUUCAGCCCAGCAAAGCCCACCCUGUCCCAGCUCUGAGUCGGCUUUAAAAGGCAUCCUGAAGAAGAGCCGCUCUGCAGGCUCAGAGUGGAGCCCGACAGAGGCCGGUCAGGCCGAUGCCCCGCUCAGUCAGGAACAGAAUGGCGGCAGCAGUGGAGAGGCAGAGGUGCACGGGGAGAAGGACGGGCCGGAAGGCUCUGCGGCACCACGCAGACAGAGAUGGGAAGCUUCAGGUGUGGAGGGAGGCUCGGUGACUGCUGCUCCCUGGAGGCAGAGGUCUCGAAACAGGAGCGAGAAUAUUGGCUUUGUACCGAUAAGAGCCCUGUCAGAGCAGGAAGCUCCUCAGGAGGAGAGGCCCUGUCAAACCUCACCACAGGAUCAGACCAUUUCCUCAGUGGGAAACAGUUUAGUCAUGGCUAAGAGAGUCCAAAAAGAAGAGGAAGAGAGAGGAAUGUCGGUGGAUGAAGAAAAUGUUCAGGUCAUCCCAGCAGAGUGCACAUCUGAAGUACAGAAUGUAACAAACAGAAGUCAAAGUAAGGAACAGUCCCUAAAUCCUGACCUCCAGAGAGUUAGCCCUCAGUGUUGGGAGCCCGUCUAUGCCUCUGUCUAUUCUAUCAAUACGCCCCAAUAUAUCAUGUGUUUCAAUCAGACUAACAUGUCAUUUGAAGCUCAAGAGGUCUUCUCCCCAAAAAAGAACCUGUCCCAGCCACAGUGGAGACAGAAGGCUAAAGGAGCAGAACAAGAACUUCAGCUUGACAAAACGGAAGAAAGCAAAACACAGCAGGAGAGCAAAGAGCCGGAAGAUCAACUCAGAGCUGAGAGAGGUUUCGGACAUCUCGAUUCCGACAGCAGUGAUGUUUCUUGUCAGAAGAAUCACUUUUCCGAGGCGCCAACAUGCUCGUAUGAUGCUGCUCAGAAGGCCCCACUCACACAGGCUGCCCAGGAGGCCCGGGAGGAGACGGCUGUUGAGGAAUCCAACAAACCUCCAUCCAGCCUGUUGGAGGGAGGCUUUUGUGCCGAUCGGUCUCCUCCCGCUUGUGCCCCCCCACCCUGUGACGGAGCCUCUGUCUCAGAGAGCGAGCAGGACCUGGGUGUCCUCUGCCAGAGCAACACGCCCAUACUGAGCUCAGCAGUGGCUGAGCACCGGCGAUCGGUGCGUCCAUCACGCCGGACUCAGGGCUCCAGAAACCCUCUGAGGGCUCUCGCAGCCAGAGAAGACAUCAGACAGGACUACAUGGGGGAAAGAGUGGACACGGCUGCUGAAGAGAGGGGUCAAGCUGAGAAAAAGUGCAACAACCCCUCGGUGGCAGAUUCACCUUCUGUCACGUCAGAGGAGGUCAUCUGUCCCUCAGACGCAGAGACAACCAGCUCUUACCCUCCCUUCCGCAGUCUGAUGCUCCUUCACAUCAAAGGUAGGCAGCGUGUCCAGGUCCGGCUUGUGGAGCCCUCAGUGCUGUCUCUGAACAGCGGAGACUGCUUCCUGCUGGUCACUCCAGAGCAUUGCAUGGUGUGGAAUGGAGAGUUUUCCAAUGAGCAAGAGAGAGCCAAGGCCUCUGAGCUGGCAUCGUUCAUCCAGAGUAAGGGAGAUCUAGGCUGUCUGGCCUCCCAAGUCGUCCAUCUGGAGGAGGGUGUGAACUCUGACAGCAAUGUGGCUGCAGACUUCUGGAGUCUUCUAGGGGGAAGAACACAGUACAGAGGAGCUGGGGCACCGGAUGAGGAUGAGCUUUUUGAGCAGGGAGUAGUGGAGUCCAACUGUGUGUACAGGCUGGUGGACAACAGACUGGUGCCUCAUGAAGAGGCCUGGGCCUCCGUCCCCUGCACGUCCCUGCUUGGCUCCGCAGAGGCCCUGGUGUUUGAUUUUGGCAGCGAGGUGUAUCUGUGGCAUGGUCAGGAUGUUCCCCUCAGGAGGAGGAACGUAGCUCUGCAGCUUACUCACCAAGUGUGGGUCGGAGCAUACGACUACAGCAACUGUCGAGUCAACCCACUGGAUCCCACUCAGCGUAACCCCAGCAUUCAGCUGAGGGGAGAGGGCCGUCCCAGCUGGGCGCUGCUCACCAGCGUCUCUGAGCACAGUGAAACGUGUCUGUUCAGGGAAAAGUUUCAGGACUGGACGCGCAGAGGAGGCAGCACAGAGGAAGAAGCUCCAGUGAAGGACGAAACCCGGUCCGCCACACCUCAGUCACCCCAGGCUGAGUCUACGUCUUCAGAACCCCUGAGUCCCUGUGAUGUCAAAGCUCUGGUGCUGGGGGACAUGAUGGAAGGGGACGGUGGGGUCAGGACCGUUCUGACGGAGCUCGAUGUCCAGAGAGGCUGUGGUGUCAUCCCUCUGGAGGGGGGACUUAAGACGGAGCUGAACACCGUUGCUGUGGACACAUGGCACGUUCAGGAGUUUUCCAGCAGUGAAGUCCCAGUGGACAGCACUGGACAGCUUCAUGAAGGAGACUCGUAUGCCAUCCGCUGGACAUACACCAUCAGCGAUAAGAAAAUCGGCUCAGAUGAGCUUGGGGGAUCUCCUGGAUCAAGCGAAAACACGGCCUUCUUCUUGUGGCGAGGCUGUAAGUCCAGAGUCACUGGACAGGACGCAGCAGCUUCCCUGACCAUCGGGAUGAGCAACCAAGAAGAGUCACCAGUGCUUGUACCUCAGGGGAAGGAGCCCCACUGUUUCCUGCAACUUUUCCAGGGAGGCCUGGUCAUUCACAAAGGAAAGCGAGAGGAAGCGCCCACCAAUGCAGCCGAGUGGCGUCUGUUCUGUGUGCGAGGGGAGCUCCCGGAGGAGGGCUUCCUCUUAGAGGUGGACUGCUGCAGUGCAGGUCUGAGGUCACGGGGCGCUGUCGUCCUGCUGAGCAGCCAGCAGGGGGAGCUGUAUCUCUGGACGGGUUGUAAAGCUUCCAGCAGCACCAGAGAAGUCGGCAAAAGGACGGUAGAGCGUCUCACUCAGAUAUGUCCACCAGAGCUGGGUCUCAGGAAAAACAGCCCUCUGAAGGUGCAUUUCGUGGAGGAAGGCACCGAGCCUGCAGAGUUCUGGUCAGCGCUGGGACAGAUGGACAGGAAGGCCUACGACUGCAUGCUCCAAGACCCAGGAAAGUACAACUUCACACCUCGCCUCUUCCAUCUGAGUGCCUCCUCUGGGAGGUUUCAGGCCAAGGAGUUCCAGAGUCCAGUGCAGCUGCCCGGUGUCGUGGUGGCAAUGCCCUUUGUCCAGGAGAGCCUGUACUCAGCACCACAACCAGCCCUGUUUCUGCUUGACAACCGACUGGAGGUCUACCUGUGGCAGAGAGGUCAGCCUGAGCAGACGGAGAGCUCGGCUUCAGCCUGGAGCCUCUGGUUUAAUGAGCGGAAAUGUGCCAUGCAGACAGCCCUGCAGUACUGCAAAGAGAUAAACCCCAGAAGGCCUCCUCUGGCCUACCUCAUUUUCGAGGGGUCGGAACCUCUCACCUUCACUAAUGUCUUCCCCCGCUGGGAGCGGAGCCUCGGACCUCACACACAGGGUGACCAAAGGCGAGUGAAGCUGACCUUGGUGCAGGACGCCCUGGCCCAGCUCAUGAACACCCAUUGCCCCCCUGAGGAGCUGCUGCGAAAUCCUUUACCCGCAGGGGUGGACCCCCUACAGCCGGAGGUCUACCCGUGUGAGCAGGAUUUGCAGACCAUUUUGGAAUUGAAGAAAGAUUAACGUGCCUCCCUCCCAGCCUGGAAGCAAACUGAUCUGAAGAAAAAGCAA